CCGUCCUCUAAACAACCCUGGCCAGGUUGGGGGGGGGGGUCCUGUCUGUCCACGUGCGUGUGUCGGUCCACACAGCCGUGUGCAGUGACCCCAGUUAACACGUGUGAACACACGCGCUCACAUGCACAUGCAUGUGGUCAGUGACAAUCACACGCGAAUGGGUGCACGCUCCCUAGGAAGACCGCAAGCCGGGCUGGCUUGAGACUAGCCGGAGCCUGGGACCCAGAGGGGCACUGCGUGGUGCAGGGCGGGAGCACGGGGGCGCCGGCCCGGGAGCGCUCUUCGUCUGCGCCCCGCUGCCACUCUCGCUGCCCCUUGGGCGCUGGACAGCUGCUGGGGUGCUCCUCGAUCUUCGCCCGGUUCUCUGAAAGGACCCCCACCCAGGUUUUGCGGACGCGCCUUCUCCUCCCCCGCCCGGCUCUAGCGCUCGCUCUCUAGCUCCCUCCCUCCCUCUGUCCCUCCUCCCUCCCUGGCUCGCUGCUCGCUCCUCUCGCUCCCUCCCCACGCCGCGGCAGAGCGCGGAGCCCGAGCGGGAGCCGGCGUGGGAGCCGGAGCGGGCGGCAGCGCAGGCGGCGGCCGGACCCGGACCCGUCCCGGUCCCGGAGCGCGCGGAGUCCCCACCCGCGCCGCUCGGGCCCCCCUCCCGACGCGGGGCUCUGAGCAGCAUGCGCGGCAGCUGCCCACCGGCCCCAGCCCUGGCCCCGGCCCCGCUGCGGAGAGCGCCCGGCCUCGACCCCGGCCCCAGCGGUAGAGGCCGUGGCGGCGGCUCCCGGCCGGCCCGAGGGACAGAGCUAGGCUCCCGGAGCCCGCGCCAAGCGUCCUGAGCGCGCCAGCUCCUCAGCCCGCCUCGGCUGCGACCUCCGCCCCCGACUCCCGAGCUCCUGCCCCGGGGCUGGCUGGGCUCCCGCCCGCGUAGGACAGACAGACGGACGGCCAGCCCUGCGAGGGCGCGUGGACCGGGCGGAGGUGUUGGAGGAGGAGACGGAGGAGGGGGGCUGGGCUGGGGCUGGGGCCGCGCCGGCAAGAGAGACAUGCGAUUGGUGACCGCGCCGAGCGGACGGACAGCGCGCCCGAGAUGCAGGUGAGCCCCUCCACGGUGGCCGAGCCCGAGUCGGCAGCCCUGCGGUGAGCGAGAGGAUGCUGGCGGGGGGCAUGAGAAGCAUGCCCAGCCCCCUCCUGGCCUGCUGGCAGCCCAUCCUCCUGCUGGUACUGGGCUCUGUGCUGUCAGGUUCUGCCACGGGCUGCCCGCCCCGCUGCGAGUGCUCAGCACAGGACCGAGCAGUGCUCUGCCACCGAAAGCGCUUUGUGGCAGUGCCCGAGGGCAUCCCCACCGAGACUCGUCUGCUGGACCUGGGCAAAAACCGCAUCAAGACGCUCAACCAGGACGAGUUUGCCAGCUUCCCACACCUGGAGGAACUGGAACUCAAUGAGAACAUCGUGAGCGCCGUGGAACCCGGCGCCUUCAACAACCUCUUCAACCUUCGGACGCUGGGGCUGCGUAGCAACCGCCUGAAGCUCAUCCCGUUGGGUGUCUUCACCGGCCUCAGCAACCUGACCAAGCUGGACAUCAGUGAAAACAAGAUUGUCAUCCUGCUGGACUACAUGUUCCAAGACCUAUACAACCUCAAGUCGCUGGAGGUCGGUGACAAUGACCUCGUCUACAUCUCCCAUCGAGCUUUCAGUGGCCUCAACAGCCUGGAGCAGCUGACUCUGGAGAAAUGCAAUCUGACCUCCAUCCCCACCGAGGCGCUUUCCCACCUGCAUGGCCUCAUCGUCCUGCGGCUACGACAUCUCAACAUCAACGCCAUCAGGGACUACUCCUUCAAAAGGCUGUAUCGACUCAAGGUCUUGGAGAUCUCCCACUGGCCCUACCUGGACACCAUGACCCCCAACUGCCUCUACGGCCUCAACCUGACAUCCCUGUCCAUCACGCACUGCAACCUGACCGCCGUGCCCUAUCUGGCCGUUCGCCAUCUGGUCUAUCUCCGCUUCCUCAAUCUUUCCUACAACCCCAUUGGUACUAUCGAGGGCUCCAUGCUGCAUGAGCUGCUGCGGUUGCAGGAGAUCCAGCUGGUGGGUGGGCAGCUGGCUGUGGUGGAGCCCUAUGCCUUUCGUGGGCUCAACUACCUACGUGUGCUCAAUGUCUCUGGCAACCAGCUGACCACCCUGGAGGAGUCUGCCUUCCACUCGGUGGGCAACCUGGAGACGCUCAUCCUGGACUCCAACCCCCUGGCCUGUGACUGCCGGCUGCUAUGGGUCUUCCGGCGCCGCUGGCGGCUCAACUUCAACAGGCAGCAACCCACCUGCGCCACACCCGAGUUUGUCCAGGGCAAGGAGUUCAAGGACUUUCCAGACGUUCUCCUACCCAACUACUUCACCUGCCGCCGGGCUCACAUCCGGGACCGCAAGGCGCAGCAGGUGUUUGUAGAUGAGGGCCACACGGUGCAGUUUGUGUGCCGAGCAGAUGGCGACCCUCCACCAGCCAUCCUUUGGCUCUCACCCCGCAAGCACUUGGUCUCAGCUAAGAGCAAUGGACGACUCACAGUCUUCCCUGAUGGCACGCUGGAGGUGCGCUACGCCCAGGUACAGGACAACGGCACGUACCUGUGCAUCGCAGCGAAUGCUGGCGGCAACGACUCCAUGCCCGCCCACCUGCAUGUGCGCAGCUACUCGCCCGACUGGCCCCAUCAACCCAACAAGACGUUCGCCUUCAUCUCCAACCAGCCAGGCGAGGGAGAGGCCAACAGCACCCGCGCCACCGUGCCUUUCCCCUUCGACAUCAAGACGCUCAUCAUUGCCACCACCAUGGGCUUCAUCUCCUUCCUGGGCGUUGUCCUCUUCUGCCUGGUGCUGCUGUUUCUCUGGAGCCGGGGCAAAGGCAACACAAAGCACAACAUCGAAAUUGAGUAUGUGCCCCGGAAAUCGGACGCAGGCAUCAGCUCGGCCGAUGCACCCCGCAAGUUCAACAUGAAGAUGAUAUAAUGACGGGGUGGGAUUGGGGCACAGGGACCCCCCCCCCCCCGGGGGAACACUGGGCAAGGAAGGAGCAGGGCUGCUGCCCACUCACUCCCAGGCCUUCCCACCUCCUUCCUGCCCUCCUCCCCCCUCUCCCUCCCCUCCCACGUGCCCCUGCUGCCUCGCCAGCCCUCACCACCUGCCCUCCUUCUACCAGGACUUCAGAAGGCCAGGCCUGAGGACCCCACCUACACAGGGGCCAGAGUUGACAGACGAAUCCAAAGCCGAUGAACCGACACGCGGCAGAGUCAAUACAAUUUAAAAAAAAAAAAAAGUUACAAACUUCCUCUGUAACUUGGGUUUCAAUAAUUAUGGAUUUUUAUGAAAACUUGAAAUAAUAAAAAGAAAAAACUAUUUCC